AUGCUUUUAUUUUUCAAUUCAUUUGGUAAUUCUUUAAAAACACCAGUAUUUAUUGAUGUUCAUAAACAAGAUAUAAUAAAAAUAAAUUGGAAAUCAAGUUCAAUUCCAAAUAUUGAAGAAAAAUACAUAUUUUCUAAAAAUGAAUAUUUAAAUCAAACUCGAAAAUCUUCUGAAAAUGUUAUUGCUUUCUUAGUAGCAAGUUUUACUGGUGAUGUUCGUUUAGCUUAUAAUCCAUAUCCAAGACUCCGCGAUAAAAUUAGUCAAAUUGAGGAACGUCUGGGUGAUAAUAGUUCAACAGAUUUAAUUAUUUUUCAUACAGGUUAUCCUUUUCAAGGAGAUCUGUUAUCAAUAAUUCAAGCUACUCGACGUCAAGUAGAGUUUGUUAAUGUUGAUCAUAUAUUUUAUAGAUUCUCACCAGGUUUUGAUCCUCAUAUAAGAGAUCCAAGUUGGUCACAGAAAGGUAAAUGGAACUAUCACCAUAUGUGUUAUUUUUGGUUUAAGCAAGUAUUUGAAUUAAAAAUAAUUCAACGAUAUCGAUAUAUGAUGCGGCUCGAUGAUGAUUCACAAAUUUUAGGUAAAUGGCCUAAUGUAUUCGAAAUAAUGGUCAAACAUCAAGCUCUGUAUAUGGCCAAUCAGAGAGAAGUAGACUUUGAAUAUGUACUUCCAGGUAUAACACUCGUAAGAAAUGUCACCACUGCCUUUAUUAGUAAAAAUAAAAUAACUCUUCAAAAUCCUGCUAUGUUCGCUGAUAUCUUUAAUCGUACAAUGGAAAUACCUAAUUAUUGGAAUAAUUUUGAAAUCGUUGAUUUAUCAUUUAUGCGACGAAAAGAAGUUGUUGAUUUUAUACAAUGUAUUGAUGAAUCUAGAGGUGUGUUUCUUUAUCGAUGGGGUGAUGCUCCUCUUCGAUAUAUAACUUUAGCUCUUUUUGUUAAUGCAACUCAAAUAUUGCAUCGACAACAACUAGGACUUGCUUAUUGUCAUCCAUGUUAA